AUGGUUGAAGUCAGAAAGUACCAGCUCCCACCUACGGAGCUCAUCCCGAACUCUCCUCGACCGCUCCUCCACUAUCCUGGGAUUCUGCUCUCGUCACCCUCCAUCACCACGGCGGCCUACGACGCAUUUUCUGAUAACGGAUGGCGCGUCCAGUGGAUCUUCCGCUACGGUUCCACCCAGGCGUCUCACUACCACUCGGCGACUCAUGAAUGCAUGGCCGUGCUCUCGGGGACGGCGACUAUCCGAUUUGGGGUGGCAGACACGGUUCCCGACCCGGACGAGAACACCCACGGUUCCGGCAAGGAGGACGGGGGCAUCGAACUGCAGGCAAGCGCUGGCGAUGUCUUUGUCAUCCCUGCCGGUGUCGCGCACAAGACAUUCGAUACCCAGCCGGCGGCCGAGUUCAAGCUGCUCACCCCCGGCGACGGACAUAACAUCCCGGCCGAAGACGUAAGAAGUGCUCUGGAGAAGCUGCAACUCGAUGGAUUCACCAUGAUCGGCGCGUACCCCGAAGGCGGAGCUUGGGAUUUUGCAGAAGGGGGAGAGAGCGCCGGUCACUAUGAGGAUGUAUGGAACGUGGCCGCGCCGGAGAAGGAUCCUGUGCUGGCAAAGGCUGAGGAAGGUCUCUGCGGGCAAUGGAAGUAA